AUGGUCGUCAUGUUUCAAGAAGGACGUGAUGCUGAUGCGAUCGCUAAUACUAGUCUAGUGGCGGGCUUGCUGGUGGUGAUAUCGGCUGCGCUAUACGGCGGAUACGAGGUUGCAUUGCGCCUAAGAGUAGGGGGAGAUAUCACCGACACGUCGACAUUGUUAACGAUAAAUGGAUUGACUGGACUGUUUACCGUCCCGUUGUGGAUUGUUGGAAGUUUUGUGCUGGCGUACAGUCCGUAUUCACCGCUACAGGAACCAAUGGGCUUCUCAGUUACCGGCAGUGGCGUCUUGCUGCUGCUGUUGAGCGGAAUAAUGGCGUGGGGGUGA